UUCUGUGGCUACUGGACUUGUCUCACAGCCAGCGGCGAGGAUGAUCCGUUUGCCUGUGGAGAAGGUGAAGAAUGUCACCUGUUGAGUGCUCCGCCGCCUCCACCUCUCUGUCUCACUCCGCCGUGCUAUGCACGAGCUCAGUGCGUCAACGUGAGCUCGACCGAGAUGUCGUCCAUGCCAACAGCUCCACUCGGACUACCACCAGCAUUGCCAGGAUGCAGACCUGCCUCUGUUCGACUUACAAAUCAAUGCGCACGGCUAGCAAUAGUUGUAUCACGUUCUCGACUACCAUACGGAGUGACCGUAGAAGACUUCUGCAACUCAGUGAGAGCUCUUCCUGCAGUGGAACAGACCCGAGCAUCAUCGAAUGAGGGAGGACUUCUGGGAAUGAGUUGCGGCCUAGCUGGAAGGCAACCUGACUAUCCAUCCGAUCUCGCUUACAUUGAGGUUCGUCAUCUCCUCUUUACCUGCCAAAGUCGGAUUUUAAGCGUGCUUUUGAGGGUUUUUAUUCACUCGAAGCCACAAUAG